AUGUUUCAAAAAAAGCACAACCCCAAAUUAUCGCCCAUAACCUCUAAAAGAUCUUUCACUAACAGUGACAGGCCCCAGUCUAGAAUUAUAUUUAAUAGAGACUUGUCGCCAGAUGGCGAGCCGAAAAUUAGGCUGAGGGGUUACUAUUCGGACAUCCUUGGCGGGAAUACGUUGUCUAAAAUGACGUUUUAUGACGGAGCGUCAAACUAUGAAAACUUCAUGUGGAAUGCCUUUACAGAGCAACACAUGCCGAACGGUAGAGAUUUUUUAGAUAGUUCUUACGAGCCAAAGGUGCAACUGCCGUAUAAAGUUUUGUAUAAAUCUUGUCCGAGAGAAGUUGAAAUAUUGAGACGCAAGAAGCAAUUUGCCUCGCUAGACCUGGAGACCUUGUUGCGUAGACUAAACAUCGACACCAACCUACUGAUGCCAAAGCAUGAAGAAUUGGAAGAGAGCGGGGAAAAACCCAAAAUAAUCCUCAACUACGAUCAGAACGAUCCAGCUCCGUUUCCGGCUUUUCUAAAUUUAGAACUCUUCGACGACACCGAAUACGACUGUCGGAAUCCGAUUGAGUGGAUAGCGUUGGGUCGAUUCGAUACCGAGAUUUAUAAACCGGUUCCUGGGUUGGCUUUGUUACCGGUUUUGGAUGAGCAUAGAGAUUUAGAUCCAAGGACACCAUACAUAGAAUACAAAUGGGUGGACGUAGGUAUGCUAAACUACGACCCAUACACCAGAAGGUACCUGGUACAGAAGGUAGACUGCAACGGUAGGGUUCUGAACCACGAGGGCAAGCCAACCAUCAUGGGGCCGGAUGUCUUCACGAGAUUUAAGAACGAACCUCUGCUGAUCAGCCAGUACUGGGUGCCACGUAUCCAACUGAUGUUCAGAGCAGAGGACCCUGAAAUUUUUGCAAGGAGGGUGGCCGAUGCUUGCAACAGUCGCAGGAAGACAGAAAGUUUGCUGAGGUACGAGUUGUACGUAGACUGCAUGCCAUUGGACAGAGUUGGAGAGAUAGAUCCGGCUGUCGUGAGGAGGAUUGUUGAGUUAACUAAGAAAGGAUUGAAUGUCAAGGAUAGGGAUUCUAUGGAGGAAUUGCUGUUCACAUUGACAACGGAAUUGAGAAUGGAGUUCAGUAGGACGAUGAACAAGAUAGCCUUCAACAGGAUCGUCUAUGACAAUCCCAGCGAGUUCGCAUUCGUCACCCUUCCCGAUUGCAUUCCGGAGAAAUGGAAAGUUAAAGGAUGUAUAUCGGAUAUUCCGUCGUAUCCCUUUGAGCAGUACUUCAAAUCCUUCGUCUUCCACACUCUGCUCAUUAAGCCGGAGAUCAGUCAGGCUAUCACCAAAGUGCGCACUGAAUGUCAGAGGGUGACCUCCAUGUCCUUGUUCAACUCGACGACCUUGAAGUCGGCGAAGGUCGAAGAAUUUGAGCAGAUUCAAUCGCAGGCCACAGCACAGGUUUCAUUGUUUAUGAGGGACAGUUGGAUAGCAACAUUGAGAGUAGCCAUCAGGACUUCACUGAGAGAUCUAGGCAAAGGUUGGUUCAAUUUGUACGAGAAGAACUGGACCGUGUACCAGAUAUCGAAGAUGAAGAGGUUCAUGGACGUGAUUAAGUUCUACAUGCAGGACGCUCUGAGGUAUUUAGUCCAGGAUUCACUGUCCAGUUUUGUGCAGAUGGUCCUGGAUGCCUGCCACUCAACCAUGCAUCUCAGCGAGGACUUCAGAUGGGAAGGUGACCUGCUGACCAGCCCGUUCAAACCGAAGCGGAAUCCGCUAAUAAAUUUAGAGAUCGGAAUCGAAAACAACGAAGUCGUCUUCUCCUAUCCAAUCAAUCAGAUCCCGAUGGUAUUCGUGAACCUCUUCAACAAAGGCAUCCAGUCUGUUCAAAAUAUACCGCAGCUAGAAAAGUUGGUCUUGGAGGAUAUUUUAUUCCCUGAUUCAACGUACCUAGAGGCCGUUGGGAUGUAUGAGCCCGCCAUUGAGGAACUUCGAAAGAUAUUGACUGUAGUUGUGAUGAAAUCGUUGAUCCCGAUGAACUCCUAUGCUACUCAAUACGAACAGUACAUUCCUAUCAUUCAGCUGGAUGCAAAUGCAUUUCUCAAAGAGCUAGAGAACAAAGGCACACCGCCUCUGGAGUUGAAAAAUAAGAUCGAGAUGUAUGAAGAGAUGCAAGACAUUAUCAAAGCGCGCCUGCCGAACUCAAUCGUAAUAGGUAUGUUCCACUUGAGUGUAGAUAAUCUGCGACAGAGGAUCGUCAAAAAGGCCUGUGAAGAGUACAAAAUGAUAAGUAGGAAACUGUUCGAGAGGCCGAACUGCAUUGAGGAAGUGGUUGAGAAAAGAGAUUGGAUACGGACCAUUCCCAUGAAACUAGAGGAAUACAUGGGUGUGGCCAGCAAAGCAAUGGAAGAUUACGAUUUAAUUGAAGGCUUUAAUUACAACUUAUCCAAUGAAGAUUUUGCCAUCAAGUGGAAUACGGUUGGCUGGCCGCACAAGAUCAACUUGCAGAUAGAGUACGCCCUUCAAUCACUGAGCGACGACGAGGAAAAGUACAAGAAGUUGCAGAUGCACGUGGCCAACAUACCGGGCCUGGUGGACAUAGGCAAGGCUCAUGAAUAUGCAAAUCAGUGCAGAAGGCUGUACAAGGAGUUGAAGGAGGCCCAAGCGGACUCAGCCAAAUACAACAGCAGAGAAAAACUAUUCAACAUGCCAAUCACAUCGUACGAGAAAGUUAACAGCCUUAUAAAGGAUUUCGAACAGUAUCGGCUGCUCUGGGUGACGACUUCUGAUUGGUUGAGAUGGUACGAUAGCUGGAUGAACGAUCCGUUACAAUCUCUAGAUCCGGAUUUCAUUGAGAAAAACUUGACAGACGAACUCGGUUUCACUUUGAACACCAAGUCGGAUAUAACCUUUGCCAAGUGCCUGGACAUGAAACUUCAAGACCACGUUGAGGCCAUUGAGAAGGUUGCCGAGAUCGCUAGCAAGGAGUACAGCAUUGAAAAAAUACUGGACAAGAUGUCUAGCGAUUGGGAGAACGUUAAUUUCGAGAUCCUGUCAUACAAACAGACCGGGACAUUCAUCAUUAAGAUAUCGGACGACAUCAGCCAAAUGUUGGACGACCACAUUUCCACCACUCAGAGUCUGUCUUUCAGUCAAUUUAAGCAGACCUUUGAAGAACGAAUUCAGAAGUGGGAGUCUAGACUGACUACUUGUCAAGAAGUGCUAGACAUGUGGCUGACGGUUCAGAAGCAGUGGCUUUACUUGGAGCCGAUUUUCAGCUCGGAGGACAUCGUCAGGCAGCUUCCGGUGGAGAGCAAACGCUUCCAAACUGUCGACAGAUCUUGGAGGAAGAUUAUCAAGAUGGCCGUUGAAGACCCAAGGGUCAUCUCCAUAUGCGGUAACCUCUCGCUGUUGAUGAGCCUGACGGAGUGCCAUCACUUCCUGGAACAAGUUGAGAAGGGGCUCAGCGAUUAUUUGGAAACUAAGAGGAUGGUGACGUUUGGACCAGACAAGUCCAUCAUGGAGAUGAUAUCAGGUGACGGCGAGAUAGUCCCGUUUAGAAAAGAGUGCUUCAAACCGGAAGGAAAUGUCGAGAACUGGAUGCUGAAGCUGGAGGAGGCGAUGAGAAAGUCACUGAAGCAACUUCUCAAAGAUGCUCUUGAUGAUUAUAUCGAGACACCACGUGACGAGUGGGUGCUGAAGUGGCCGGGGCAGCUGGUGAUAGCCGGGGCACAAGCAUACUGGUCAGCUCAGGUCACUGAAGCCAUCAGCAGUGGAACUCUCAACUCCUACCUUGAGAAACUUUUGGCACAGUUGGACGGCUUGAGGAGGCUUGUAAGCUUUGGGAUACUGACGAAAAUGUCGCGGGAGAUCCUUUCGGCCCUCAUUGUCAUUGAGGUGCAUGCCAGGGACGUCGUCUCGAACAUGGCAGAUCAACUUGUAAAAAACGUCAAUGACUUUGAAUAUUAUUGGAUGAAUGAUGAUUUCUUCAUUCGUGCCGUCAACGCUGAGUUCCCUUACGGUUUUGAGUACCUCGGCAACUCUGAUGAUGACAACAACGAUAGUAAAUACUGCUGUGAUGAUGGUGUCGAAUUGAAAGAGGAAUGA